GGUAUCUCUCAGAUACUUAGUCGUUUUUUUGCUGCCGUCGGUUUCGUUGCUGGUGCGGUGCGGUGUUUUUUCUGGUCGCAACUCGGAUUUGAGAAUCAGACUUUCAGGCACUUAUAAAGCCACCAUUUUCCCUGUGAUCUUUGUCGGCGAUUCGAAUUUGCGAGUCCACAAGCGUAAAUAGUAAAACGCAAAACUCACUUUCGUCAUUUGCGAACACAGCAACCACUCUCUUACCGAAAAUCACACGCUCACACUCUCACACAAUCGCGCUACGCAGAUUGCGAAUGCAUACGGCGAAAGAUACAAAUAGAAAAAGUCUAAGCAGAAGGAAAAAUUUGUUAGUGAAGUGAAGAGGAAGUAGUGGUGACCUGUGCGCGAGUAUUUGUACUUUCCCCGUGUGUGUCUCCUGUUCUGGUGUUUGUGUGAAUCCCUCCCCCGUUUUGCAGGCGCAAGAGCGAAGAGCAUAGCAGUAUAAAGUAUCUUGCCAUGGGUAAACAAAAAAUUUACUGUGCGAAAUGCACGAAAAAGUGCUCCGGCGAGGUGCUCCGCGUGGCGGACAACCACUUCCACAAGGCCUGCUUCCAGUGCUGCCAGUGCAAGAAGUCCCUGGCCACCGGCGGAUUCUUCACAAAGGACAGCGCCUACUACUGCAUACCGGACUACCAGCGGCUGUACGGCACCAAGUGCGCCAAUUGCCAGCAGUACGUGGAGGGCGAGGUGGUCAGCACCAUGGGCAAGACCUAUCACCAGAAGUGCUUCACCUGCUCCAAGUGCAAGCAGCCCUUUAAGUCGGGAAGUAAGGUUACCAAUACCGGGAAGGAGGUGCUCUGCGAGCAGUGCGUCUCUGGGGCUCCAGUGUCGCCCAGUCGUCAGGCAGUCGGAGGAGGGGUGUCCUCACCAGCGCCACCGGCGGAGAGCCCGACGAGGGCCACCGCCCACCAGCAGCAUGGAGGAGUCAUCUCGCACAAGGCGCAUCUGAAGGAGGACUACGAUCCCAACGACUGCGCCGGAUGCGGGGAAUUGCUGAAGGAGGGCCAGGCCCUGGUGGCGCUGGACAGGCAGUGGCACGUGUCCUGCUUCCGGUGCAAGGCCUGCCAGGCGGUGCUCAACGGGGAGUACAUGGGCAAGGACGCGGUGCCCUACUGCGAGAAGUGCUACCAGAAGGGAUUCGGUGUGAAGUGCGCCUACUGCAGCCGCUUCAUCAGCGGCAAGGUGCUCCAGGCGGGCGACAAUCACCACUUCCAUCCGACCUGUGCCCGCUGCACCAAGUGCGGCGAUCCCUUCGGCGAUGGCGAGGAGAUGUACCUGCAGGGCAGUGCCAUCUGGCAUCCGCGAUGUGGUCCGGGUCCCUCCGAGUCCGGCAUCAUCAUCAACGGAGGCGGUGGCAAUGCCUCGGUGGUCGGUGGAGCCUCCAACGGCAACUUCACAGACACCGAGUGCGACCGGAUGAGCUCCAGUGCCCUUAGCGAGAUGUACAUCCGCUCCAGAACUCCGAGUUUUAAUGGUUCACUUUAUUCCUCUAGCCGCAAGCACUAUCGAACGGUGAGUCCGGGUCUGAUACUCCGGGAGUACGGGCGACCCAAUGCCGAGGACAUCUCGCGCAUCUACACCUACAGCUAUCUGACGGAUGCCCCGCACUAUCUGCGCAAGCCGAUCGAUCCGUAUGACAAGACGCCGCUGUCGCCGCACUUCCACCGGCCCUCCUCCUACGCCACCACGGCCAGCAAUGCGGGAUCCGUGGCCGGAAGCCGUCCUCCGUCGCGUCCCCACUCGCGGACUCGCAGCGCCAUGAAGGUCCUGGUCGACGCCAUCCGCUCGGAGACGCCGCGGCCCAAGAGUCCGGGCAUGAACAACGAGGAGCCCAUCGAGCUGUCCCACUAUCCGGCUGCCAAGAAGCCACCGCCGGGCGAGCAGCCCAAGAUCGAGCGGGACGACUUCCCCGCGCCGCCCUAUCCCUACACGGAUCCGGAGCGCCGGCGGCGGUACAGUGACACCUACAAGGGAGUGCCCGCCUCGGAUGACGAGGACGAGAAUGUGGAGAAUGGCAAGCAGAAUGGCAAGGCCAAGAAUGGCGAGGAACAGCAACGCCUUCAACGCGAAGCCGAGCAGCUGGAGAAACUCAACUCGGGCAUCGGUUCAGUGAUCGCCAAGGACCUCAAGGAGCACGCCAAGUACAGGAAGUGGAAGCAGAACAACCUGGAUCCUCGCAACGCGUCCAGGACGCCUUCUGCUUCCAAGGAGCCGCUGUACAAAUUGAGAUACGAAUCGCCCAUUGGGGCCUCUCCCUCGCGCAAUCUGGACCACCAGAAGCCCUUCUACGAGGACGAGAUGUUCGAUCGCUCCACCAGCUAUCGCGGCUCGCUUGGCAAAUCGCUGGGAAAUGCGCCCAGUUACAAUGUGGUGAGUGCGCUGCGCCAUGUGCCCAAACCAGGAUACGGCCUGGCACCACGCUCCCACACAUUCAGCUCCACCACAUCCGCUGCGGCCACGAUGCAUGGUGCCACUGACUUCUCUUAUGGAGGACUGGGCGACAAAACUCACAGCACAGAUUUGAGCUGCGGAAAAUCGGAGGCUUCUGUGGACUCGAUCACGGAGGGCGAUAGGCGCGCCCUGAUGGGCGGCGACCUGCCCGCCUCGAGCACUUACUCAGGAGCCCUCUCCUACCACUAUCCGCAGGCCGGACUCAUCCGUCGCAGUCUGCCCAACAUGGCACACUCUAUGCUGGUGCACGAGCCGGCCAAGAUCUACCCCUAUCACCUACUUCUAAUCACAAACUAUCGUCUGCCUUCGGACGUUGAUCGCUGUAAUCUGGAGCGUCAUCUGUCGGACAUCGAGUUCGAGCACAUCUUGCAGUGCGCCAGGUCGGAGUUCUAUAGGUUGCCUCAGUGGAGGCGUAAUGAGCUGAAACGGCGGGUGAAGCUCUUCUAAGAGUCAAGUUAUUGCCGCCGGAUCCGAGGAUAGCUACCCAAGUGGAGGCUGAUUGCGACGAAACCAAAAGAAUUCAACUUACCUUAACAACAGAUGGUUAUUACAUAUAUGGAGAAGAUGAAAAACAAUAUAAAAUGAAAACGAAAUGGGAAACUAUGCUAAUUUCACAGCCAGUUUUGAAACACGCUUUAAAUAGUUGAUGCAAGUGAAACCAACUAAACUAAAUUUAAAUACAUAGUUACAUUUACAGUGCGGAGCAGCUAUGCGGGCAGCUCCUGUUUAUUUUUUUAAGAAUUAGUUGCGCUAACGCAAAAUUGUAACUGAAAACUAUAUGAAAGGAACAGAAAAUCCCAAUAAAAACGAAGUGUAUACAGAUUUAAAUUAGUUAAACAUUGCAUGUCCGGCAUUAAGGCUUUUUAUACGCAGUGCAAAAGUAUAUUGAACGGAGACAUAAACUGGAUUUUUUUCUUCUAAAUUACACUUUAAUUCAACCAUGUUAAACGGCUAAAGAACCGAUAAAUGCAUCAAAGAAUGAGCAAUUAAUGUACCUACAGAAAAAUCACACAGCAAAAAGCGAAACGUUAGAUGUGUGGCAUCAAAUUUACGCUAAAUCAUAAUGCAAAUUUUAUUUAUUACUAAAUAUUUUAUUUAUUUAUUUAAAUAGAAUAUGUCAAAGAAUAAACCAGAGAUAAUAAAACAGGACAAAAGUAA